AUGAAUCCAAACUCUAUAAGACUUAUUUUGAAAUCCCUGCAUCCAGGUGAUUAUAAUCAACCGCCAGGUGAUUAUAAUCGACCGCCAGGUGAUUAUAAUCGACCGCCAGGUGAUUAUAAUCGACCGCCAGGUGAUUAUAAUCGACCGCCAGGUGAUUAUAAUCGACCGCCAGGUGAUUAUAAUCGACCGCCAGGUGAUUAUAAUCGACCGCCAGGUGAUUAUAAUCAACCGCCAGGUGAUUUUAAUCGACCGCCAGCUGAUUAUAAUCAACCGCCAGGUGAUUAUAAUCGACCGCCAGGUGAUUUUAAUCGACCGCCAGGUGAUUUUAAUCGACCGCCAGGUGAUUUUAAUCGACCGCCAAGUGAUUAUAAUCAACCGCCAGGUGAUUAUAAUCGACCGCUAGGUGAUUAUAAUCGACCGCCAGGUGAUUAUAAUCGACCGCCAGGUGAUUAUAAUCGACCGCCAGGUGAUUAUUAUCGACCGCUAGGUGAUUAUUAUCGACCUCAACCGCUAGGUGAUUAUAAUCGACCGCCAGGUGAUUUUUAUCGACCGCCAGGUGAUUUUCAUCAACCGCCAGGUGAUUUUAAUCGACCGCCAGCUGAUUAUAAUCAACCGCCAGGUGAUUAUAAUCGACCGCCAGGUGAUUUUAAUCGACCGCCAGGUGAUUUUAAUCGACCGCCAAGUGAUUAUAAUCAACCGUCAGGUGAUUAUAAUCGACCGCUAGGUGAUUAUAAUCGACCGCCAGGUGAUUAUAAUCGACCGCCAGAUGAUUAUAAUCGACCGCCAGAUGAUUAUAAUCGACCGCCAGAUGAUUAUAAUCAACCGCCAACUGAUUAUAAUCAACCGUCAGGUGAUUAUAAUCGACCGCCAGGUGAUUAUAAUCGACCGCCAGAUGAUUAUAAUCGACCGCCAGAUGAUUAUAAUCAACCGCCAGGUGAUUAUAAUCGACCGCCAGAUGAUUAUAAUCAACCGCCAGCUGAUUAUAAUCAACCGCCAGCUGAUUAUAAUCAACCGACAGGUGAUUAUAAUCGACCGCCAGGUGAUUAUAAUCGACCGCCAGGUGAUUAUAAUCGACCGCCAAGUGAUUAUAAUCGACCGCCAAGUGAUUAUAAUCGACCGCCAGAUGAUUAUAAUUAA